AGUAUCUCCCCCUACAAAAGCAAAACAGACUCGUCUAGUGACGUCAGAUGUACGUUUCAUUCGUUCCUAACCGACUGAACAGGAGCCAAUAAGAGCAAAGCAUCGGUUGUAAGAGGCAAGCACAGUCUAUUCCAAAGAAGGUUGAAACCGAGUUAUGUUUUGACAAAGAAGAUGGAUAAAAUUUUAGGUUCUCUCAAAGGAAUUUUGAAGAUCAAGAGUACAAAUAUAGACAAUAGAGUAUUUUGUUUACAUUAUAAGUAUACAGUAGUUAUUCUUUUAGCAUUUAGUAUUUUAGUGACAAGCAAACAAUACAUCGGAGACCCAAUCAAUUGUAUAUCAAGAGAUGAUAUUCCAUCGAAACUUCUAGAUUCAUUUUGUUGGAUUCAUGGAACAUUCAGUGUUGUUGAUGCUUGGGAGAAAAAAGUAGGAGAGGAAGUUCCAUAUCCAGGUGUUGACAAAUACGUCAAGGGUCAGCAGAAAGUCUAUCACACCUAUUAUCAAUGGGUAUGUUUUGUAUUGUUUUUACAAGCUUUACUAUUUUACAUUCCACGAUAUCUAUGGAAAAUUUGGGAAGGAGGAAGAAUAAAAUCGAUACUUUUAGAAUUGAACGCUCCCAUUAUGGAGGCAGAAAAGAAAACAAAAAGAAGAGAGAUUUUAGUCGAAUAUCUUAUGGCAAAUAUGGAUCAGCACGGUGUUUACGUCCUACAGUUUUUUCUAUGCGAAAUCCUUGCUCUUAUAAAUGUCAUUGGACAGAUGUGCCUUAUGGAUAAAUUUUUAGGAGGAGAAUUUACAAGCUAUGGCACAAAAGUCUUACAGUUUACCGAAUGGGACCACAGUGUCAGGUACGAUCCAAUGAUAAGAGUGUUCCCACGUCUUACUAAAUGUACUUUCCACAGAUACGGAUCUUCGGGUGAUGUCCAACGUCAUGAUGCCAUGUGCAUUCUACCAGUGAAUAUUGUCAACGAAAAAAUCUAUGUGUUUUUAUGGUUUUGGUUUAUUAUCAUAACCACAUUAAGUUGUUAUAUUUUGAUAUAUCAUAUUGUGUUAUAUUUCAUGCCAUAUUUUCGUUACAUAGUUUUGAAGGGUAAAGCUAGAAUGUCAAGUUCACAGCAUAUUGAUAUAAUCGCACAAAAAUGUAAAAUGGGAGAUUGGUUUAUUAUAGAAUUACUUGCCAAAAAUAUGGAUCCAAUCAACUUUCGUGAUCUUGUAGCCGAUCUGGCUAAGAAAAUUGAAAGGAAAUCUGCGGAAAUUGUUUAGAUUUUUGUACUGAUUAUUUUCUUUUGUAUUCUUUAGAAUUAGUUUUCAGUAUUAUUUUUCUUAUUUGUAUUCCAGUUAUGUAUUUGUAUUAACUUUGGUGACCAGAUAUUGGAUAAGAAAAUAUCAUAAUUUUAUGGUUUCUUGAAUUAUACAAUACAGUAGUAUAAAAAUUUAAAAUUGAUAAUGUAUGCCUAGUGUUUCAUACAAGUUAUUAAUUUCUGUUAACAAAAUAAUCGUUGACCAACGAAUAUAUAUAUAUGUAUAUAUAUUUUUUAUAAACAAUAGCUGGUCACUGAAGUUCGUUAUCAAGUCUCAUCAACUGUGCCUAGCUUAACAGGAUAUGAUAAAUGAGAAGACAUGUGGUUCAUUGUACGUCUUGUGACAUUUCAUGCAGAGAUAUCCUGUAAAGCUUUUUAUUUAAAGUUAGUGAUGUUCUAUAUCUAUUAUAGUAUUUACAUUUUUUUAAACGAUAUUUUUGAUAUCUUUACAGUAUACAAAUAUUUUUUUAUGUGUAAUGUAUUAUAUGGAAUGAAUUCUGUGUAAAAUUUUGAAUGGUGACAUCGAAUUUCUACAAGUAUUAACACUGUUGUGCCUUACUGACAAAAUUAUUUUAAUCAAAUUAACUAAUUGGUAAAAAUUUUAGAGGAAUGAAGUAGAAUAUUUUGUCAAGAUUUACUUCAUCUAAUAACGAGGAAAACUGAUGUUAAUCUACGUCAAAACAAGGAUAUGUAGCAUAUGUACAAGGACACUAGUAUGAUGUAUUCCUCUUUAUGCUUAAUCUACCAAAGUUAUCCUCAAAUAUUAUGGGUAUAAAAUUCCGGUAUAAAACAGUAUUAUAAAAAUUCAUUCCUGAAAAUAAUAAGAAUUAAUUUUUAUAAGAUUUUAUAUCUUUAAUAAUGUAUUUAUACUCUGUAAAUUUUUGAAAAUUUUACCAAAUGUCUUUACUCAAUAGGAAAAGUGUAAUUAGUAAUCAUAGUCUUUAAAAUUUUUAUGUAUUGUAAAUUUUACUUUACUUCUUCAACUGUACUUAGAAUAACUAAGUAAAUGAAUGCCUUAAGGGUAAAUCCAGUUCCCCGAAUUUUCACUACAGGAAAUGUGGGAGAUAGAAGUGACAGAUGAUACCUCACCAACACUUUUAACUCCUGUGGGAAGUACUGAUGUCACUGCUACAAUAACACCAUAUUUUUACACACUUAGAAACUUAUAAAAUUAAUUUUGUAUUAUCCGGAAUGAAAAUUACAGGAUUAAAAAAUAGCUCAAUGUUAACAUUCCCUUAAUAAUUGUAAGAAUUUUGCUAUUUAUAAAUAUUUUAAGUUCCUAUUUUUUAAAUCUACAGUAUUCAAAUUAUGUGCUUUUUUGAUAUGGGACCAAUUUUUUGACUUAAAAAUUGAUUUAUGUAAAAGCAUUAAUUGACCAAAGAAUAAUUUUGUAUUCUGAAUGG